UGCCGUUGUCCAUGUCUCUCCGCACGUUACCAUAUUGACAUACGUACAUCCGUGGCUGAAGAACAGAAGAUUUCUGGUUCCAGUUCACUUUCUGUCCUGCUUUGCUGCUGCUCCUCCUCCUUCCUUGUCCGUUUCCCAAUCAGAGCCAGUCAGUCAGGUCAGGGUCGAAGCUUCCUUCUCUUCCGCCCCUAAAUCAUAUAACAAAGAAGGAAACACAUUCUGAGAGAGAGAGAGAGAGAGAGAGAGAGAGAGAGAUGGGGUUGGGGAUAGCGGGGGAGCCAAACACGUGCAUUAGGGGUUGCUGCCGAAGCGACUCCAUUCCUCUUCGUCUUCCUCCUUCAUCCUAUUCCAUUUCCAAACCAAUUGCUCGAGGAGCGGAAAGUGUCGUCUACGAAGCUAUUUUGGACGGAAAGAAGGUUGCUGUGAAGAAACCCAUCUUGUCUACAUCUGAAGACAUCGAUAAAUUCCACAAGGAACUGCAAAUGUUAUGCAAGUUAGUUCAUCCAGGAAUCGCUGCUUUGGUUGCAGCACAUGCGAAGCCCCCAAAUUACAUGUUCUUCUUUGAAUUUUAUGAUUCCCGAAAUCUGGCAGAGAAGCUACACGUUGAAGAGUGGACUCCAAGUGUUGAUCAGGCGCUCACCAUAGCUGUCCACCUAGCUAAAGCUUUGGAACAUCUGCAUAACGUUGGGAUUGUACACAGGGAUGUGAAACCAGCAAACGUUCUUCUAGAUAAAAAUCUUCAUCCACAUUUGGCAGACUUUGGUUUAGCAGAAUAUAAGAAAGAUCUAAAACAAGUUUCUAUUGAGAACUGGAGAUCAGUGGGAAAGCCAACUGGUGGUUUCCAUAAGAAGAACAUGGUUGGCACGCUCAUUUAUAUGGCACCUGAAGUAUUGAGGAGGGAGAUACACACUGAAAAAUCAGAUGUAUAUGGUUUUGGGGUGACAAUCAAUGAACUUCUUACUGGUGUUGUUCCAUAUACUGAUCUUCGAACAGCAGUGCAGGCCCACACCGUGCUGGAGAUGAAAUAUACUGAACAGCAACUUACAGCAGCAGUUGUUUCUGAAGGAUUGCGACCUGUUCUUGCUGGAAUUGGCUCAGGGGCACCUACAGGUUUACUGUCCUUGAUAGAGAGAUGUUGGGAUGCAGAUCCCCAAAACAGGCCGCCUUUUGCUGAUAUAGUUUUGGAACUUAUUUCCAUUUUGGAAUGCAGAAAGAGGGUAGGAGAUGAAAAUAAGGAAUUUGCUGAACCUUCCCUUCUUCUUGAUGAGGACAACUCAAGCCUUUUAAAUUAUCAAGAGAAUAUUGACUGGUUUGCUGAGGGUGAAAACAUCGCAAAGAGGUCUUGUCUUGCAGCUGACUCUGUUUUUCAAAUUUGGCCUGAUCCUUUAUCAGAUGCUUCGACACACUGUCCAGUGUUGUCUUCGGGAUCCUUUGCCACUUGCGGUAGAAGGGAGACAAUGGAGGACACUCACUUUCUUAUGCCCAAUAUAUGCAGUCAGAAGGAUAUCCAUUUGUUUGGAAUCUUUGAUGGGCAUCGAGGUGCAGCAGCUGCUGAGUUUUCUGCUCGAGCUCUACCAGGAUUUUUGCAAUCCCUGGGUUCUGCAAAAAGUCCAUCCGAUGCAUUACUAGAAGCAUUUGUCAAUACAGAUGUUGCAUUUAGGAAUAAGUUGGAUUCCCAUUGUAAAUCUAAGGGGGUUGUCCAGAAAGAUUGGCAUCCUGGUUGCACAGCCCUUGUGGCUCUUUUAGUACGGAAUGAGCUUUUUGUUGCCAAUGCUGGUGAUUGCAGAGCAAUACUGUGCCGAACAUCCACUGCUUAUCCUCUAAGCAAGGAUCAUGUUGCAAGUUGUCUUGAGGAGAGAGAACGUGUUAUCAAGGCAGGAGGACAAGUCAAAUGGCAAGUUGACACAUGGCGAGUUGGUCCUGCUGCUCUCCAGCACAUGGAUGCCUACAUGUACAUGCUUAACAAGAGAAUGAAGAAAUCUCAGACUUACAAUAUGGAGUUAACGUCGGUUGAUACAACAUUUGUCGUUACACGUUCCAUUGGUGAUGAUGAUCUGAAGCCUGCCGUGACAGCAGAACCUGAGAUAACUAAAACUGUGCUGUCUGCAGAGGAUGAAUACUUGGUUAUGGCUAGCGAUGGACUUUGGGAUGUUAUGAGCAAUGCCGAGAUUGUUAGCAUAAUAAAGGACACAGUGAAAGAGCCGGGGAUGUGCUCAAAGAGACUGGCAACUGAGGCUGCUGAGCGUGGCAGCAAAGAUAAUAUAACAGUUAUUGUUGUCUUCCUGCGGCCAGUAUCUACUGCAGAGAGGAUUUACUAGUUGUAUAGAUAUUGCAGCAGCAGGAUGUGGGAAUUCUAUCCAUCUAUCUUCAAGGAAUGGCAAUUUAUGAGCCAUUGACGUUGGUGGCAUAAUAAAUAAGGCGGCCUCAACUCACCUGUAGAAAUUUGUUGUGAUGCAUUAUUUGUUGCAUGGAUAUCAUUGACGCACACAAACACAAAAAUAGUUGUGUCUGUGUAUUUAAGUACAUUUGAAUCCAAUAUC